CAGUCUACUUCAGCGCAGACCCCUCAGAUCCACAAAAGGCCUCCAAUCAUUGAGAACUGUGGGCAGGAACAGACAUCUGGGGAUGGACGGGACAUGAAUUCAGAGCCUCUCAGCCAGUCUGGAAGGGUGACUCGGCUGAUGGAGAGAAAUUAUGAUGGGGUGAUCUCAUCCUCCAACUCUGAUGACAUCUCUAUCUACUCCUUCACUGACUGUGAAUCUGAGAUUAUUGUGGCCAAGCCCAACAUCCUUCUCCCUGCCUCUGUGAGUGCCAUGAAGAAGGCAUCACGCCUGAUGGAGUUGGUCCCUACUGUCCGGCCCUGCAGGGAACAGCUGGACAAGAAGACACAGUGGACCAACACCAACGAGGAGAGCCUGAGGAGGAUUAAAAAAAAACUGGCCUCCAUAGAGCUCGACCUGGAGGAAGGCCUGAACAAGGUCAACGACGGUCAGGACAUCAACCAAGAGAGGCAGAAGAAUGAGGGAUGCUUCAGAGCCUGGAUUGAGAAGUGGAUGGGGAGGAGGAAGGAGGAAAGACUGAGGGAUGAAGAUGUGAAUAGGGAAGACAAAGGGAGGAUGGGCGAGGAAGUGAGGGCACUGAUCCAAGUGAUGAAGAGAAACUGCAGUGAAAGUGAUCUUGAGGCAGUAAACCUGGACAGUUUGCUGAAUGACUUGGAAAGGUUGAAAGUGGCCUUCAAGAAAUGCACUGGAGAGAUGGCCGAAAUGGUAGAGAGCAUGGCAGAAAUGCAAACCAGAAUAGCUGAGAGCAGGCUCCUCAAGCCUGAAAAAAAUAACUAUGUCCAGAGCUUUGUAAAUGAAUCUUACUUAUUGAGUGUAGUCAUGUAUCUAAUGUAUUUAUAGAUUAGUCAUACAGUAUAUCUACAGAUUUUGUAUAACAUAGCACUGUCCUAAC